AUGCCGUCGUCGCCACUGCGGGUGGCGGUGGUGUGCUCGAGCAACCAGAACCGGAGCAUGGAGGCGCACAACAUCCUCAGCAAACGAGGAUUCAGCGUCCGGUCCUUUGGAACAGGAACUCACGUGAAGCUUCCAGGACCAGCACCCGACAAACCAAACGUUUAUGAUUUCAAAACCACAUAUGACCAGAUGUACAACGAUCUCCUUAGGAAAGACAAAGAACUCUAUACGCAGAACGGCAUUUUACACAUGCUGGACAGAAAUAAGAGGAUCAAGCCCCGGCCAGAAAGGUUCCAGAACUGCAAAGACCUGUUUGACUUGAUCCUCACCUGUGAAGAGCGAGUGUACGACCAGGUGGUGGAAGAUCUGAAUUCCAGGGAGCAGGAGACCUGCCAGCCCGUGCACGUGAUCAACGUGGACAUCCAGGACAACCACGAGGAGGCCACGCUGGGGGCAUUCCUCAUCUGUGAGCUCUGCCAGUGUAUCCAGCACACAGAGGACAUGGAGAAUGAGAUUGAUGAGCUGCUGCAGGAGUUCGAGGAGAAGAGCGGCAGGACCUUCCUGCACACUGUCUGCUUCUACUGA